AUGCCCCGCAAAGUCCCAGGGUCACACAAACAAAAGAAAAUCAAACUUAUAAACCAACGCGCCACCAAGCGUGGCGAAGAGGCUCCCAUCCACGUGCCAGAACGGGGCCCGGCGCCAUGGCUGAAGCCCAGCGCCCGCCCCGAUGCGCACCGCGCAGGACCGGGUGGCAAGCUCGCUCUGCAGUCUCGGUUCAUCUCGAUGCCACCACAGUACGUGGAGAAGACGCGUGAUUUGGCGUUCAGCGAACGCGUCGCGCGACCGUUGCCCGGGUCGGCAGCGUGUCUCCCUCUGGAGCUCGUGAUCAACCCGGCUGGCGACAACUUGACCGUGCCCGUCAGGCCCCGGUUCCGGUACGGCCAGACCAAGAAGGAGGUCGAGAGGAACGAAGAAGGCAUCUUCCGCAAGUGGCUUGCAAGCACGAGAGAGACGGUCGAGGACUGGGUCAGCGUCGAGACUGGCCCCGACGAGUGGCCUCAUUCCCCAUCGUGGUUUGAGACCAACCUGGAAGUCUGGCGUCAACUGUGGCGUGUGGUUGAAACGUCUUCCAUCGUGCUUCUCCUUGUCGACUCUCGUUGUCCACCAGUCCACUGCCCGCCAAGCCUGCGCACAUACCUCCGCAACACAAAACGCCAGGUCAUCCUAGUCUUGACCAAGUCGGACCUCGUCGACCCUGUGGCACUGGCAGGUUGGCGUACCUGGCUCCGCAGGUACUGGGCCGGCGACGAGGACGAUGAACAAGGCGACGACAACCACGAUGUCGAGAUUGUUGCCGUGUCGAGUUACGACACCGCGCUACUCUACUCGUCCGAGGGGCGCGCACGUCAUCGGCCCAACAUCCCCACCUCGGCGCGCAGCUCCCUCAUUGCAGCUAUCAAGCGCGCUCACGCCCGCCUCAUGGCCCCACCAAGCUGGGCUGCUUCCGACCCGGAAAAGCUCGCCGCGUGGAAACCCACUGUGCGGAGCAAGGUGAACUGGAGUGCUCUGGCGAGUGACCCCGACCCAACGGCUGGCCGACCCGUCAAGACGGCCAGAACCAAGCCCAACUAUGAGAAGGAGGAGAGCGAGUCUGCGUCCGAAUCUGAAGACGAUGGAGGACCUUACGUGCGCGACCCCGAGACCGAGCCACUCACGAUCGGUCUUGUGGGUCAGCCCAACGUCGGCAAGUCGUCCCUCCUCAACGCUCUCUUGGGCUACAACAAGGUUCGUGCCAGCAAGACGCCUGGCAAGACCAAACACUUCCAAACCAUUCUCUGGGGCGACGCCAAGGACGUCAAGAUUGUCGACUGUCCUGGACUCGUGUGUCCCUCCUUGGUGCCCAUGGAACUCCAGGCUAUGGCCGGCAUCCUGCCCGUCUCUCAAAUCCCCUCCCUCCCGUCCUGCAUGCACUUUGCCGCCUCCCACCUGCCCCUCGAGGACGUCUUCCACAUCCCGCCUCCCGAGAUCGAGGUCGACACCAUGGCCUCAAAGCGGACGUGGCGUACGCCCCGCGAAGAGGACCCAGACGUCAUUGCCGCGGCUCAACAGGUGCCAUGGACCGCUGGGCUGAUCAUGGAGGAGCGUGCCUUGGACCGCGGGUUCGUGACGGCAAAGAGCGGACGACCCGACACCAACCGCGCAGGAAACGGAAUGCUCCGUGCUCUUGCGGACGGCCGCGUUCGGUGGGGCUUCUACCCUCCCGGCGGAUGGACAGAGCGCGAAGGCGUCGGAGCGUGGUUGGGCGGACGGCCGGACAUUGACGGCGAGCCCGACGACGAGGAUGGGUUGGAUGGCGAGAUGCUGUCCGACUUGGACAGCGACGGAGACGAGAAUAAGCGCCACGGGGCAGAAGAAGACGAAGAGGAGGAGGAGGAGGAGAGUGAGGAGAGCGAGGACGAGUUCCAAGCUGCCAACAAGCAUAGUUUCUUUGCUGCGCUCAGCUUGGACGAUGGAGACGACGACGACGACGAUGAAGAGGAGGAGGAAGAGGAGGGUGAGGAGACGGUGUAG